AAUGCUCUCGUCUCGCGAUACUUGUGAGCGGCCAUCUUGCUCCCGCCUCUGACGGAGCGCCCGGUCCGGGUCAUUGGGACGCAGAGGACCCUGCGUGGACCCUCGUUGAACAUGCUGCGCCGGGUGGUGCUUUCAGCGGCCGCCGCAGCGGCGCCCUGUCUGAGGAACGCAGCCCUCCUCGGCCCGGGGGCAUUGCAGGCGACAAGGAUCUUCCACACAGGGCAGCCGAGUCUUGCACCUGUACCCCCUCUUCCUGAAUAUGGAGGGAAAGUUCGUUUGGGCCUGAUCCCCGAAGAAUUCUUCCAGUUCCUUUAUCCCAAAACUGGGGUAACAGGACCCUACGUGCUUGGAACUGGACUUAUCUUAUAUUCUCUGUCCAAAGAAAUAUAUGUGAUUACUGCAGAGACCUUCUCUGCCAUAUCAACAAUAGGGUUGCUUAUCUAUGUAGUUAAAAAAUACGGUGCCUCUAUUGGAGAAUUUGCUGAUAAACUCAGUGAGCAAAAAAUCGCCCAACUAGAAGAGGUGAAACAGGCUUCCAUUCAACAGAUCCAGGAUGCAAUUGAUACAGAGAAGUCACAGCAGGCACUGGUUCAAAAGCGCCAUUACCUUUUUGAUGUCCAGAGGAAUAACAUUGCUAUGGCACUGGAGCUCACUUACCGGGAACGGCUGCAUAGAGUGUACAGGGAAGUGAAGAAUCGCCUAGACUAUCACAUCUCUGUGCAGAAUAUGAUGCGUCGAAAGGAACAAGAACACAUGAUAAACUGGGUGGAGAAGCAUGUGGUGCAGAGCAUAUCUGCCCAGCAGGAAAAGGAGACAAUUGCCAAGUGUAUUGCAGAUCUAAAGCUGCUUGCAAAGAAGGCUCAAUCACAGCCAGUUCUCUAAAUGCAUCUAUCCCGGUGGAGAGAGCUAGAAGCAAUUAACUAGCCUGUGACAUCUUUCUGUUAACCUUUCCUAAAAUGAAAAGUUUGUUUCAUAUAGUGAGAAAAUUAAAAUGAUCUAUUUGCCAGUGAGAGGUUUUUCAUCCUUCUUGCUUGUAUUUUGAGUUCCAUGAUCACUUUUGAAAGACCAGUUUGCUUUUAAUAAAAUUUGUUGGCUAAGACUA